ACUGAAACGCAUCUGGUGGCGAUGAUCUUCAUUUCAUUCGAUUCCAAAGAAACAGUCUCGUGAUCGACUUCUCCUCCACUAACCAUAUAUCCUAUGCUCAAUAUCUCUCCAACACAUCAACAUUUUUUUUUCGCCGUUAAUAUCAAACAUUUAACGCAUUUUUGAUCAUCCGACAGCGAUAUACACCCACCCGAAAGAGAACCAAAAAUCUCUUCUUUGACCCACUAGUGAUCAUCUCGCAUCUGCUACCAACUUCCAAUUAAAAAGGGUUUCGUGCUAAUCAAUCUUUUUAAUCUCUGAUUUAGUCAGAGCAGAGCAGGAAGAAGACAUAUAUAUGACUUUGGUUUCUUCGUCAUGAUGAUUAUUACCAAACACAAAAGAGAUAUAAACUUGUUCGUUCUUCAAUUAGGAGCCGCCUUUGCCGUAACUUUCGCUGGAUUUCUCUUUUCUCGAUUUAGAAAAAAUACUAAAAGAGUAACAAGACCCACUUUGCCUCCUCUUCGACCUCAAUCAUCGUCAGAUCAUGGAUACAGAGACACCUCCAAUGAAGAACCCAUCCAUAGAGGAGAUUCAAGAAGUGAAUACGAUCUUGAUGAGAAAGAUGUGUUUCUUUUACCGGAGUUCGAAGAUGAAGUCAAGAAGCUAGAUUUACUGGUCCAUGAUGACGAAUGCGAAACUCCAAAGUCAGAUAUGUCCGCAGCUCCUUUAGCGUUUCCAAGCGCAGAGGAAGGCGAUCACGUGAACGAGAUCAAGCGGUUGAGGAACACUGUGAGGGCGUUGCGUGAGAGAGAAAGGUGUCUCGAGGAUAAGCUGUUGGAGUAUUACAGUCUCAAGGAGCAGCAAAAGAUUGCAAUGGAGCUGAGAAGUAGGCUGAAACUAAAUCAGAUGGAGACUAAAGUUUUCAAUCUCAAGAUCAAGUCUCUGCAAGCAGAGAACGAGAAACUCAAGGCUCAGUGUUCUGAGCAUUCUAGAGCUGUCCUGGAGCUGGAUAUGGCUAAGUCUGAGGUUCAUGUGCUGAAGAAGAAGCUCAACAUCAAAACGCAACAGCACGUGGAGCAGCUCUUGUCACUUAAAGAACGAGUGGCGAGGCUGCAAGAGGAUGAGAUCAAGGCUAGUUUACCUGUUCCUGAUGCGGAUAAGAUGGUGCAGAGGCUAAGGGACUUGGAAGGUGAGAUCAACGAGCUUAGAGACUCCAACACGAGAUUACAUUUCGAGAAUUUCGAACUAGCUGAGAAGGUGGAAGCUGUUCAAAUCAUAGCAGGUUCGAAGUUGGAGGAUUCAGAGGAGAUGGAGACAUUACGCGAAGAUGGUAAUAGACUAAUGAGUGAAAACGAAGAGCUGAAGAAAGAGAUAGAGCAGCUUCAGGGAGAUAGAUGCACUGACCUCGAACAGCUUGUUUAUCUCAAAUGGAUCAACGCUUGCUUAAGGUAUGAGCUGAGAACAUACCAACCACCUGCUGGUAAAACCGUUGCUAGGGAUCUAAGUACUACUCUAAGCCCUACCUCAGAGGAGAAAGCCAAGCAACUGAUUCUUGAAUACGCACACGAGGAAGAUCAUACAGAUUAUGAUCAAUGGUCAUCUUCUCAGGAAUCAAUGAUCACUGACUCAAUGUUCUUAGAUGAUUCCUCUGUUGACACUUUGUUUGCAACAAACACCAAAAAGUCAGGGAAGAAGAAGCUUAUGCAUAAGCUGAUGAAGAUCUUACACGGUAAAGAUACUAAGAAGAGAGGUGGUUCUUCUGAACCGAGCAGCUCAAGCACAGGUCCUAGGAGGCCUCAUUCGAUGGACUUCCAAAUGCUGCUGCGUAGAGAAGAUGAGGAGGAGGACUUCAAGGAUCACAUGAAGAUGUUGCAUCGUAAGAGUGAAGGAGCAGAUGCUUCUAACUAUGGAGAAGAAGAGGGUUUGGAGUCAGAUCAGAACAGGAAGAAGGAGCUGAUUAAAUACGCAGAAGCGCUUAGGAAGUCUCGUUCUACAAAGAAGCUCCAUAAGAAAUCUGUGUCGUUUUUCUUCUGAGAGUAAGUAGAAAGCACUAAUAUACUGUUACUUGUAUAACACGCAUUGGCUAAAUUUCUAUAACUAUGUGUAUGUGUGUAUAGAUAUAACUCAGAAAUGUAAUCUUUGUGAACUGAAACAUUAAGAACCGAUAUUCUGUGAGAAUGUGAUUUUGCGGCUUGGGGAAGGUUUAUUCUUA